GGGGCGUCCAGAGCCACGGCCCAGCGGAGCGGCGACCCUGCCGCGCGGCUGCAGUCUUCCGCGCGGAGGGCCAGCAGCAUUCCAACUUGCUGGUGGCCACUGUGUCGAAGCUGCUGCACGGCUUGAGGGCCGGCGAAGGAGCUGCGAGCUUUGCUGCCGACUGCUUGCUCCAAGCGCACACCACUCCACUUCCGCGGCUGUUCUUGGUGGAGCUGACACAGCACUGCACACCGCAAGAGCUUUCCUCGCAGGGUGCCUUCCAAAGGUCUCUGGCAGGCUUCCUGGUGGCCCUAUCGGAGCGCCUGCCCCAUGUGGUCUUGGCCAACAUCAGCGUGCUGCUGCCAUUGCUGGACGUAGACUGCUAUCCCAUUCGGCAGGCCAUCGUAGAGAGCAUCGGCCAGCUGCUUGCUGCAGAAGGCAAGGCGCUGCCGAGCGGCGCCCACAACGCGGAAGAGCAACAGCCGGAGGGCGAGGGAGAGGCAGUCCUUCCGAGCAACAGCGGCACCUUCACCCUGGCUCCGGCGACCAAGAAUGACCUGUUAGAGACGCUCUUCACAAGGUUCCUUGACAAGAGCGUCUGGGUCCGCUACCGCGUUCUGCAGACCCUGAACAGCCUGGCCUCGAAUGGCAGGAGCUUGCCUAGGGAGCUCUGGCCGCGCGUGCUGGACUUGGCCAUCCGGCGGAUGCAAGAUACCGCCAGCAUGUCCAGGAAGGCGGCCAUGCAGCUGGUGCGGAAGCUGGUGGAGUUCCACCCCUACGGCCCCGCGCUGAAAGGCUCCGGGGACGAGAGCGCCAAGGCGGAGAAGCUGCUGAAAGAAAUCCAGGACCGCCUGAACAAGCUGAAGGCCGAGGAGUUGGCCGAGCUCGAGGGCGGAGCGGACGGAGCCGACGACGAGGCCCUGGAGCAGCCGGAGAAGCGGCGCCGGUGCAAGGGGAAGACCGAGACGGAGAUGAGCAUUGCCAAGGAGGUGGACAAGGAUCUUAGUGCUGAGGGCGGCGACCAGGGAGGCGCCGACAGCGAGAACGCCAGCGCGCGGCAUGAGGCUCGCGAGCGGCAGCGUGAGGCCCUGCAGCGAAUGCAGCAGUGCUAUGCGCAGCGCGUGCACUUUGUGGAGCUGCUGGAUGCUGCAGAGGCCCGGCUCCGGCAGCUGCUGAGCUCCAAGACCCCCACGGACGUCACCGAGGCCAUCAGCGUGGUGGUGGAGCUGCGCCUGCGAGGUGUGCCUGCGGCAACCCGUGCCUUUCAGCAAGUGCUGGGCUUGGUGUGGAGCCGACAUGCGCCCAUCAAGGACGCCGCCGUGGAUGCUUUCUACCGGAUGCACCUGGAAGGCCGCGAUGCGCGCUCUUCCGCCGCAGCGAUUCUUCAGAUCUACCAGGACGGCUUUGCCUCCGGCACGUUGACGCACACGCAUCUGGCCAGCGUGCAGGAGCUCAUCCAGCAAGCCGCGGACAAGGAGCUCAUAUCAACAACCCAGGUGGUCACCACGCUCCUAGGCGCUUUGUCCGAGGGCGCCUCCUCCGGGAGCUUCGCGCUGCGGGCGCUCACGGCGCUGGUGGCCUCGAAGCAGGGCCACUUCGCCAUGGCCCAGGGCCUGCAGAAGCUCGCAGAGUACACCGCCAGGCCCGGCAGCCCUGGGGAGCGCCUGGAGUCCAGCCGCCUGGUGUGCCAGCUGCUGCUGCGCUUCUGCGCCAACCCGGGCACUGACCACGCCCACGUGGCGCGGCUCUGCGCCGUGUCCCAGCAGUGCACCUUCCUGGUGGUGCAGCACUUUGUGAAGGGCGAGGUGCCCCCCCAGUGGUUCAGCGCCGCCAUGUGCGCGAUGGACCUCUCCUUUGAACUUGCCAGCCACGGCAAGUCUGCGGUGGAUCCUGCACACCGCUCUCCCGAUAAGGUCUGGGAGAGCAUCUUGAACCGCAUGCUUUGCGGGCUCCUUGGAGGCGCUGCGGCGUCUGAGAAGGAGGAGGCUCGGGUCUCUGCGCCUCAGCUGGCGGGGGCUUGCUUUGUGGCGGGCCACCUGGCGCUGAGGAUGCUGGUUUUCCUCGAGGGCCUGCAGUCUGCGCUGAAGAGGCAGCGCUUGGCGCAAGAGGAGGCCAAGAUGGCGGAGCAGCGCGAGAAGAGCAAGGAGAAGAAGGAGAAGGGCGGCAAAAAGAGCAAAGGCAAGGCUGCUGCUGCAGAAGAGGAGGAGGAGGACAAGGGCGGCGAGAGCAUGGGCGGCGUCGGCCUUGAGGAGCGCGAGGCGGAGGCCUUCGCGCAAAUCGCGGAGAAUGGCCUGCUCUACAGCACCAACCGCCUUUUGGAUCGAGUGAAGCCUUUGCUCUUCGCCUGCCUUCUGGACAAGGAGCUCCGAACCUCCCCCUUGAUCCGGCGCGUGGGGGCCAUCAGCCUGUGCAAGUUCAUGACGGUGUCCAAGCGCUUCUGCCAAGAGAACUUGCAGCUCCUUUUCUCAGUGCUCUUCCCCAAGAACGGCAAGAGUCAGCUGGCCGGAGGGGAGGACGUUCUGGCCCAAGGCGGGCUCCUCGAGGACUUGACGCUGCGGCAGUCCCUGCUGGUGGCGGUGGGGGACUUGCUCUUUAGGCAUCCCAACGUGGUGGAGCCCUGGACAGGGCGCCUCUACGCCACGCUGAGCGCGCCCAGCGGGGACGAGGCCGGCGAGGACUUGCGGCUCACUGCGCUGCUGGUGCUGACGCAUUUGGUGUUGAACGACAUGAUGAAGCCUCGUCCAGUGCUUCUCAUCAGGGCCCUUUGGCUUACUGCCUGCAAGCACGAGGCCACCGCCAGGGUUGCCCGGAUCCUCUUCCAGGAGCUGGCGAAGCGUAGCACCAACGUGGUCUACAACCUGCUUCCCGAGAUCGUGGCCCGCCUGCCCGAGCACGUGGCCGAGCAGGGCGUUGAAGGGGGUGCCACCGGGCGUGUGCAGUACAUCAUGCAGUUCGUGGAGAAGGAGAAACACAUCGAGGGCCUCAUCGAGAAGUUCACUCUCCGAUUGGAGCAGUGCGCCAGCGGAGGGGGAGAGGCCGCGCCGUCGCAGGACGAUGAAGGCGGAAGCCCGGUGAAGGUGGAGGACACCGUGGCGUGCCUGGCCCACGCGCUGGGAGCCAUGAACUACUCGGAGCGGUGCCUGCUGCGUUUGCACGACGUGGUGGCGGUCCGGAAGGCGCUGAAGUUGGCUUUGUCCUACCACCCGGUGGUCCGGGAGUGCCUGCUGGCCGUGGUGGAGAAGGCGCGGAAGCCGCGGCCGGGCAAGGACAAGGCUGAGGGUGCCGAUGCCGGCGCCGAAGCCGGCGCCGAGCCUGGCAAGGGUCAGGCCUCUGCCGCAGCGCUGGAGGCGAUCGAGCAGACCAUCCAUGCGCUGGCAAACGGAAAAGAGGAGUCCAAGGACGAGGCGCCGGCGUCCCAGCCGGCGGUGGCCGCCAGGAAGGUUCGGAAGAAGGCGGAGGAGGCGGAGCCGGGCUUCGAGGAGCCCAAGAAGGGCCGCGGGCGCGGCAGAGGCCGCGGCAAAGGACGCGCGGACAAGGAGAACGCGCCCAAGGAGAACGCGCCCAACAACGCGCGCAAAGGCAAGAAGCGCAAGGCAAAGGGCAACGACGACGAUGACGACGAGGAGGGCCCUUGGUGCGUGAGAUGCAUUAAGGGCGGUCAGUUCGAGACUGUGGGGCCCAUCGCUGUGGUGGUGCUGGGUGUGGUGGGCGGCCUGAUCUUGCGCCUCCUGCGGUGGUUAGCAGGUGAUGGCGCGGGCUUCAGGGUGGUGCAGACCGGCAACCGCGGCAAGAUCUUGGUGUCACGGGGCUCGCAUGAGCCGGGGAGCGUCAUCCUCACCGAGAAGGCCAUCCUCUCGGUGGCUGGGGGCAGCCCUCUGGCGGCCCUGGGCCGUCUGAGCAAAGCGCAGCGCCGGCGUCUGGAACUGCUGCAUCGCGCGCAGGAGCUGGACCCAGAGUCACUGGGCGCGGAGCUGGGCUGCCACGGCGAGCACCUGCUGGAGCGCAUGGCGGCCACCGGGAUUUGGACGCCCGCGACCGCGCAGAAGGACGCCGUGUGGGUCUGGCAGCUGCUGUGUGUCUGGGACGCCAACAAGCUCUCCUUUGUGAACAGCAAUGGUCCCGAGCAAUGCGUCUUUGAGAAGAUCAGCAGGUUCAACCACUCCUGCGAGCCCAACGUGCGGCUGUUGCCCAGCGGCAAGCCGGGGGAGCUCGUGGCCGUGGCCGCGCUGCGCAUCUCUCAUGGCGAGGAGCUGUGCAUCUGCUAUCCAGAGCGGAACCUGCUGCCGAUGCUGCACUUCCUCUACGCGCCGGCGCCUUGGCGCCGGGCGGUGCUGCAGCGCUGGCGCUUCGAGUGCCGCUGCCCGCGCUGCGCUGCCGAGGAUCUCGCCUUCCACCGCCUGGAUGGGGAGCAGGAGUUGGAGGAGGCCGCCAUGCGUCUGGUGCCCGAGUUGCAGCAGGCCACGAGCUGCGAGGACUUCCCCGUGGCCGCGGUGCUGGAGCUGCUGGAGCAGUGUGCCGCUCAAGGCCUGGGUGCGGACCACUGGCUGACGUUCUGGCUGCUGUCUUUGGUCUCGGUGGGCUGCUCCGGGCAGCUCCAGGCGGCCGCUCUGGGCGUGGCCCGGGCCGCUGCCCUGCCCUCCUUGGGUGCCCUCGCCCUGGCCGCCGCCGCGCUAGACACGCCGCCGGGCUCUGGGGCGGCCCGGCUGCUGCGGGAGCGGCCGGGGAGGCGGCCGCUGGCCACGCGGCGCCUCGCGGAGUACCUGGACUUCACCGGGGCAAAAGAGGCCGCUGUUUGGUCUCAAGCCGAUGGCUUCCUGGGCUCAUGCUCUGCGCCAAGAGGUGAUGCUUACCUUCCCUGGAACGAGGAGCAGGCGCUUCGCAUCUUCGCAGAGCCAGUAACUUCUCUGGAAAACUGCGAGGAGAUGCUGCGGACGCUGGCGGCGUCCUUGGAGGAGGAGGAAGAGGCGUUGAACUCGGCGCGGCGGCAGUUGCAGCUUUCAGCCCAGGCGCUGGAGGCUGAAGCCGCCGAGGAGCUUGCAGCGAGCACCGAAGCGGAGGCCCGGCUCCUGGUGGCGGGCUUCGCAGCACGGGCGCAGGAGGUGGGCGCAGCACGGCUUUUCCAGCAGCUUUCUCGCGAGAAGGCCCCGCUGGCAUUGGAGGCGGCGGAGAAGGCGCUGGGAAGUUCUUCCGGAAGUUCGGCGAAACGCGCGGCGAAGCGGGCGGCGGAGCUGCUGGAUUUGAACGGCAGCGGGUGGAUCGAGGAGGCGGACUUCCGCGAGGCCAUGGAGAGAUUUCGGCCCUUGCAGAGAAGUCCGAGUCUUGCCGCAGGGGCUGCCUCGACUUGA